AUGUCUUUUCCUACUUCCUUUUUGCAGAGUUUGAUUAACAUUGAGUCUUAUCUGGAUCAGGUGAGCGCCCAAAUCCGUACACAACGUGCCUAUGACGCAAUAGCGGCUAGUUUUGUUGAACAGUUGGUGCUCCGUGUCACUCGCUGGUCAGCUGCACAAUCCGCUUGUAUUCUUAUUGUCGGACUUGGACAGGUGUUUCUUGUGCGUCGCUUUUUUAACUGA